GUCAUACUCGUCUCGAAGUUACAGGCGAGGGAGGUGCGGCGCCGUUCAUACCGUCACCAUGCCGUAAAAAAGAUACUACAUCAUCGACUGCGGCGGACUCACCCACAGUAGAGACACCAUGAAACCACCGGCUGGGGAGAGGCCCACAGAUCACAUCCAGAUCCUGGGCUCCGUGUCGGACAAGGACUCAAGAGCUAGCAGUUAUCAACAUGAGAGACGCCCGUUGAAUGAGUAUGAAGGAACCGUCCCAAGCUUCUUCAAGGACAGGAAAGGUCAAUCACAGUUGGGAACCCUUGGUGAUUCAAAACUCUGCCUAAAACUGCAGCUGAAAUCAGUCAGAAGCGAGGCUGCAUCCCGAUGGAAAAAACACCUUGCGAGGGUUGAUGAAGAUUCUGAUGAUAGUCCAUUUGCCUGUGCUGCUGCUGCUGCGGAAAGCGGUGAGCAAAGAGGAAACAGACUUGGGGAGGGUCGGGGAGUUGCACAGUUUGAGGACACAGGGCUCGUGAAAGGGGCCAUCAAAGAUGGUCAGGACAUCCAAGUGGAUGAAUACAAACUACAAGCUAAUCAUUUUCUGAUUUUCGAUCUCUUAAAUGUUCCUCUGAAAGAUCUAAAGAAAGGUCGUCGGAACCGAAAUGCUAAACAAAGCCAGGUAGGUAAGCUACGUCAUGAUCGAAUGGGACAUGGGAAGGAUAUAAAACACUGGCUUGAUCGGUGUCAGCGUCAGUCUGACCAUAGUGAGCAGCACCAUGAAGAGCCGGAUCUUCACCAGGGACAUCCAAAGUGUGUCACGGUCAGAAUGUUUAAGGAAAAACAUGAUCGACAUGGUAAGAAGCCUGCCCCAAAUCAUCGGAGACACUCAAGCCGAAACACCACGAAACAAGUUUGUCUUGCAAACCACGAAGAACAUGACACGGUUUGCGAAAAACGCCAGCAUCAAAAUCAAGGUCACUCGCAAACUCGGGAUAAUGGAGGACCUGAAAUGAAGACCAGGACAAAGCAGACUCAAGACCACCAUCAGGACAAAUGUAUCGAGAACCAGGAUUCGGAAAGAGGUCAGAGUCAAGGUCAGGAUCGAGGUCAAGGUCAGGGUCAAGAACGCCAUUCACUACUUGUGUCACAAGACCUUGCUUUGCAUCCACUGAGAAGGACGAAAGCCUACCUGACCCUUCUAUCGCUCUCAAACAUCUCUUUACACGAGUCCGAGCUGGCUGAUAUAUCAUCCAGUGAGUCUGACGAGGAUUCGGUAAGGUACAAAGAACCAACAGCGACCAAACUCUCGUCACAAGAGACACAGCAUGCUGUCGCAAGAAACGGUUGCGAGGUGCCUCGGGCAGAGUUCAUCUCCGCGGACACAGGUCACGGCCAUUCCCAGGUGUGUUCUCGUACAUCCGGGUUAGUACGUCACGGUGCCACAGAUGAUAGACAGGAAGUCGAACCACAGCAGCAAGACUCUUCAGAUGUCUCUGGGGAAAGUUCACUGUUUCAAAGAUCUACACCUGAAAACAGCUUUACCGGAAAGAGCAUCAAUGGAUAUGAUUUUGGGAAGAUCUUUUCUGGCGGUGCGUCUUCUGUCAUCUUUAAAGUUACAAAGGGAGGCAACACAUAUGCUGCUAAAGUUUUCAAACGAAUUCAUCCCUACGAGGAAAGGCUUCUCAACAUCUCUAAGCGUGAAUACAAGAUUAUGAAGAAGUUGAACCAUCCACACAUUGUUAAAGUUUACGAUUAUUUUGUGUUCCGCCAACAUGGAGUUAUCGUCAUGGAAUACGUAGAAACCUCAGAACUGUGGACAUUCUUCGACAAAUCAAAUUGGGCAAUGUCCCUACCGAUCCUUAAGAAAAUUCUGUGGGGCAUUCUCAGCGCCUUGAGACACAUCCACAAACAUCGUAUCUCCCACAUGGAUAUCAAGACCAAUAACAUGCUCGUCAACAGCAAAGGGUUUGCCAAGAUAACAGACUUUGGAGGAGCGGUGAAAUUCAACAGAUUCUUCUCAAAGCGCCACGUGGUGAACUUCUUCACGCCCGACUUCGCCCCUCCUGAGAAGCAAUGGCAGCGUGAGAGUGGGGAGUUGUGUGUGGUUCACUACAAGCGUUACGACAUGUGGAGUGUCGGGGUGAUGUUGUAUCACUUGUAUACUGGGAGGCUCCCCUACACGCUGCCAGAGGGGAGACAGUACCUCCCUGCUAAGCUGUUCACGGGUGUGGUUGACCUGCCGUCGGGGGUGAAGGAGGAUGCAGAGGUUCUGUCGCUGGUCAGACAGUGUAUGCAAGUGGAUCCGCUGGAUAGAAUGACGGCCAAAGAGGCCUUGGCACAUCCGUUUUUUGAUUCCGUGCGACACAAAGGAGUCAAGAAAUGAGCGCGUGUGUGUGCGCGCGUGUGUUUAUAGCUGAGAUGAAGAAAUACCCAUUUUUCGAGGAACGUUUAUAUAAUGCCUCGUUUGAAGUGAACUAGUGUACACAAAUUCACUUCUAAUGAACAUUUUAAAUUCUAUGCCAAUGAAUCAUACACAGCUUUACAUUGUACACACAUAUCAUAGUGUGUUUUUUUACAAAUUGUUGAUUGUUUUUUUCCUUUUAUUCUUUGGGGGUAUUACAAAUGCCCAAUGUCUGUAGUGAAACCUGAUACCUUCAUGUCGUAUUUGUUUUGUUGUCUCACUGAUAUAUUAUAAUGAUUUUGUUAUGCUUGUGAAUGAAGAAUAUAAAAUAUUGUGUGGUAAGACAAUGUACAAUAAAA